AUGUUUUUUCAACACAAUUUUAAAUUUAAUAAUAACUUAAUUGAAAAAAAACACUUAAUAUCAUUUUUUGAACAAGACAGUAAAUGUAAUUUAAGAACAGCCCCAAAAUUAACACAUUCUCAUAUUUUUCCUGGACCAUUUGAGAAAAUGAAAGUUUUUUUGGCUGCGCAAGUGUUUAGUCAAAGUGUAGCAGCCGGCAUGGAGACUUACCUUGUUAGUAAUAAAUUGGAGUCUUCUUCAAAGGCAACAAUAGAUUUUAUAGAAAAUAUUGACAAACUUUUUGAUAUCUUCAAUUCUUCAAGAAGGCCAACUUCAAAAAAUUUCAAUAGACCCUUUAAACAAACAAAAGAACAAGAAGACCAUUUAAAAUAUAUGCAUAAUUUUUUUACAAAUUUAAUUAUUAUUAGCAAAAAAGAACAAACUGAUGUUACUAACCGGAUGAAAUUUAUUAAUGGUUGGUUGAUCUCCAUAACUGGCUUGCUGUUACUUUGGAAAGACUUAAAAUCAACAAGACCAUUAAACCAACAAGAAAAUUAUGUUUUAUACACUGCCAGAUUAAACCAGGAUACUAUUGAGAAUCUUUUUUGUACAAUUAGACAACAAAAUGGCAAUAACACUAAUCCAACUCCUUAUCAAUUUUUGUUUGCAUUUAAAAAAAUUUUUUUACUUAAUUAUUUUCAACACUCAGAAAAAGCAAAUUGCAUAAAUGAUUUGGAUGCAAUUUUAACUCAAAUACCCACUGAUUCAGACUUAGACAUUAGCACCCUAUUUGCUGAUAAAACACCCUUUCAAUUUAAAAAAACGUGUCCACUUUCUAUAGGACAUGUUGAUUAUAGAAAUUUAGAAAUUCCUGAACAAAAUGCAUUCAUUUAUGUUUGUGGAUAUAUUAUGAGUAAAUGUCUAACCAAACACUCAUGUGAAAUAUGUUUAGAGUAUGCAAAAACCCAAAAAAAUUUAGAUCCUUCAUUUUUGUUAUGCUUUUUUAAAGCGUAUGAAAAUGCUGAAAAAUCAACUUUUGGAAAUUUAAAUAUGCCCCAUGAAAAUUUUUACAAUUAUGUUUAUAGCUUGGAAUCUGAAUUUAUAAAUAGUUUUCCUAUUUUGUCUGUUGAAAAAGGAAUAGGCGAUAAACUUAAAAUGAGAAUGCUUAAUAUUGAUUAUGAACAUCCAUGUCCCAACUUUGAUAAAGAUUACUUACUGAAUUUUUUUUUGCGUUUUAGAAUUUAUGCUUCAAUUAAAUUUUUAAAUAGACAUUUGGUAUCUGAAAAAAAAAUCAAAAACAGAAAGUUAGCAAUUUUGCAGCAUUUGUAA